AGUUUCUUUCGAGCCACACACACAGAAAGUUCAUAACGGAUUCGGUAAUAACGCGAGUGACUGCAAGUGAUUGCGAGUGAAGUUCACAAAUUAAAUAAAGCCCCUAAAACUCUAUACACAAAAUGCGGUGCUGUUUGAAUCUCUUGGCGGCUGCUUUGCUGCUCAGUUCGGUCACGUCGGGUUUGAGGCCACCCAGAUCUUAUUAUCGUCGCAAUUUCUACAGUUCGGUUGGUCCACCUGGCCCGGUACGCUUAACGCCACCAGCUAGUGGACUGCCGAGCUAUGGCAGCGAUCUGCUAACCAAUGAAAGCAACCGACGCGAUGUGACAAAGAAGUACCCCAAGAAGACACACUAUAGACCCUACUCAGCAGAGGACGAUGACUUUUCCAGCGAACGCUACUCGGGAGAGUAUACGGGUGACGCACAUCAGGACAGCCGUGAGUACACAAUUGGCACCCAGAUACGUGUCCAGCAUCCCAUCACGGUGCCCAAGAAGGCCAGCUCUAGCUCCACAUACUCCAAGCCGCAUAAGUAUCCUUCACCUACUCCUUACAAGAGCAGCGGUCGUCCAAUCUAUGAUGACUCUGGCGAAGAUCAUGCUCUUGAGCCGCCAAAGUCGAAAGGUUCGAAGUGGACACCAGCAUCGUACGAAUCGGAGGCAGAUCCAUUCCAUUUGGUACCGCCACCUAAGGCAACGGCUGCAUCCAGCCACGCUUACAGAGUGUUUGAGCCCGAUCACGAGGAGUACGAUGUGCCCACGCGCCCCAAGAGUCACGAUCGUUAUAAGAGCGUUGCAUCCAAAAAACAGAUCGAAGCUUUUCUGGAAGAUCAGCAAGAACUGCUGGACGAAGCCAUCAAACUGCAGUUGAUCAACAAUCCCAAACUACAAAAGUAUUUGAAGCACGAUUCGCAUGAGGUGCGACCCGAUCUAGACAUUGAAGACUUUGAGACAUUUCCGCCAGUCUUUGCGGGUGGUCCUGGGCCACAGCACAACAGCUUUAUUGUCGAUCAUCCGCCACCGUCAGCAAUUAACGGCAGAUCGCGCAGACGCCCGCCAGGCAUUAAGCCGAAGCGUUCCCCAAAGUCCAAGCGCAUUAUUAAGCCGAAACGAAAGUACAGAUCAACAGCACUGGUCAUUAAUGUGUGAGCAUUUGUGGUGCAUUUAAGUGUUAGUUUGCUAAUGCUUAAUUAUUUAACUAACUAUUUUAGUUUAUGUAUUUUAAAUUGUAUAGACUUUUUUUAUGUUAAUAUUGUAAAUAAAAUGAACCCCUUAUUCUAUAUUUUUCAGUUAGUUUUCAGGGAAUAUUGAGAAAACAAAUUUCGUAUACAUAUUUUGUUAGAUUUAAAUUUGAAGUUAAUAGUUGUUGUCUCCGCUAGUUUUCAAUCUGGCAGCACUAAUUUGCUAGCGCCAUCUAUUGCCCAGCUGCUCAGCAACUCAGUAGUGCUCACUGUGACAGUAGCUAGUCAACAACAGAUGGCGCUAAUUAUACAAAGCAAGUCAAUUAAGUCCAUGGACAUAGAAUACGUUAUUAAACUUGGAAUUCAUUUGUAUGCUGAGAUAUGGAAGAUAUGUAUAUAGCAAAAGUAAAACAGAUUUUCCGUCCCUCAAAUGUGCAUAUUUAAUAAAAUAUACAGAGAAAAGAAAAUUAAGCUGAUUAACUUGUAAAAUCUAAAUUGGAAAUAACUCUAUGGACUUAUAUUGUAUUUAUAAGUAUGUUUACAAUUUCUGCGCCUUGAACUUAGGCAACGUUUAUUGUGUUGUCGCACCCUUGAAAAUUGACUCAAGAAGCUAUCCGGCGAACGUAAUAAAUGUUAAGUGGAUUCAUCCCUUUUCCUUUCAUUGAAAAAUCCACUUUGUAUAAUCUACUUGUUUUUAAUUUCAGCACAAAGUUAUUUCUAUUCCAUAAUCUUCUCAGUUUAUUGCCUCUAAUCUCAAUCUUCUAACUUGAUUGUAUUUUUUUCCACUUUAGAUUCGGUAUAAAAAUAUCGGCAUACAUUUAAUUUUAUUUAAUUCAAAGUCAAUGUUGUCGUACAGAAUGUAUUUAUAGAUCUGGGUAUACGAAUGAACUUUUAUGAGCAUGACACCUGUUUGAAUGGGCGGCACUCAAUCACAGACAAUCCCAAAUGUGGUCACAACAAAUUCUUAGCUUUUACCUCUUUCGCAAAUUGUGAUCGAAAAUCCGCAAUUGAGCAAGCCAAACGAUUGCCAAUAACAACAACUCAACUGGGUGUAAAAAACAAAAGCGAAAAAGCAAGAAAAAAAUGAUUUUCUUAAUUGACUGAACAAUUUCAACAGCAACACGAGUCGAAACACGAGUCCAUCGAGCUGGAGCCGGAGGCUGACCUUGAAAGCAGCAAAACGAAUACAAAGCCGAACCCCAUAAGAAUGUGCGCAAGAGAAGUGGAAAGUAAGCGUUAAAGUCGACUUAAACUUGGCUCAACUCAACAACACCUGUUUGACGUAGGAGGGGAAAACAGUGGGGUGCGGAAAGAGGAGGGAAAGAGGGCAACCCAGCUGGGGUAGCGAGUUGCAAUUCGACAUGGCAAAUCGAUGGGGCAGAUAAUUGAGCAAACACGCAGAGAACUCAAAAUAUUAGCGCAUAAUUAAUGGAACAGCAAAGUUACAAUCAAACAAUUGAAGCGUGACAAAUCCGAAAUUGAACAUGGAUUAUUGCAGAAUGAAUACAUUGAGUAUUCGCGAUCGCAAUGUGAAUAGCGUUCCGGUUCAGCCCACACGCCAGACAGCAAAUUUGGUUCGGUUCUUUGGCACUCAAGUUGUGGGUGUUUGAUUUAGGGAGAUACUUACUGGAUUUCAUUUUCAUUUUCAAUUGGAAUUCAGUUAGUCUUUAAAACAAUUGCCGCAAACCAGUUUCGUAUCUUUCCUUGUUUGUUACAUAGAAUUGAACUGGAUCCCCUACAACCCGAAAACUUGUUUGAGUGUUUUUUCUUAUUCAACACUUAAGCAGAUUGAAAGUUGGUUGUGCAAUAUGCAUUGGGGGCGUUUCCCGGGCAAGGUGUUUAGACAAAUCUGUUCAAAAUUAAAUUAUUCGCCAAACACACCCAAACUUGUUUUGUUGCAACCAAGAAGAAGGAGAAGCA